GGGACCUGAGACCACCCCCCUGCCCCAGGCCCAACCUUCCUGAACUGGCCCUUCCCCCCCACCCCAGGCCCGCCAGCCCGCCCCCAGGUCCCUUGUCGAAGGGGUCCUGCAGACCAUGAACUGAGCGCUGGUCCCAGACCUUUCAUGAGCACAGUGUAAGGCGUGCUGAGACCCACCACCCGCAAGCCCCUCCCCUCCCUAGCACUGAAGACCCUUGGAGAAGAUGGGGAGGAAAAAGAUUCAGAUCCAGCGAAUCACCGAUGAGCGGAACCGGCAGGUGACAUUCACCAAGCGGAAGUUCGGGCUGAUGAAGAAGGCCUACGAGCUGAGUGUGCUGUGUGACUGCGAGAUCGCACUCAUCAUCUUCAACCACUCCAACAAGCUGUUCCAGUAUGCCAGCACCGACAUGGACAAGGUGCUGCUCAAGUACACAGAGUACAAUGAGCCUCACGAGAGCCGCACCAACGCCGACAUCAUCGAGACCCUGAGGAAGAAGGGCUUCAACGGCUGCGACAGCCCGGAGCCCGACGGGGAGGACUCGCUGGAGCAGAGCCCCCUGCUGGAGGACAAGUACCGCCGCUCCAGCGAGGAGCUCGACGGGCUCUUCCGGCGCUAUGGGUCAGCUGUCCCGGCCCCCAACUUUGCCAUGCCUGUCACGGUGCCCGUGUCCAAUCAGAGCUCACUUCAGUUCAGCAAUCCCAGCGGCUCCCUGGUCACCCCUUCCCUGGUGACGUCAUCCCUCACGGAUCCUCGACUCCUGUCCCCCCAGCAGCCAGCACUGCAGAGGAACAGUGUAUCUCCCGGCCUGCCCCAGCGGCCAGCCAGUGCAGGGGCCUUGCUGGGGGGAGACCUCAGCAGUGCUAAUGGAGCCUGUCCCAGCCCCGUUGGGAAUGGCUAUGUCAGUGCACGGGCUUCCCCUGGCCUCCUCCCGGUGGCCAAUGGCAACAGCCUCAACAAAGUCAUCCCUGCCAAGUCUCCACCCCCACCCACCCACAGCGCCCAGCUUGGAGCCCCCAGCCGCAAGCCCGACCUUCGGGUCAUCACUUCCCAGGGAGGAAAGGGGUUAAUGCAGCACUUGAACAAUGCCCAGCGCCUUGGGGUCUCCCAGUCUACCCACUCCCUCACCACCCCAGUGGUUUCCGUGGCAACACCAAGUUUACUCAGCCAGGGCCUCCCCUUCUCUUCCAUGCCCACAGCCUACAACACAGAUUACCAGUUGACCAGUGCAGAGCUCUCCUCCUUACCAGCCUUCAGCUCGCCUGGGGGGCUGUCACUAGGCAACGUCACCGCCUGGCAACAGCCACAACAGCCCCAGCAGCCGCAACAGCCACAGCCUCCACAGCAACAGCCGCAGCCACAGCAGCCUCAGCAGCCGCAACAGCCGCAACAGCCACCUCAGCAACAGCCCCACCUGGUCCCCGUAUCUCUCAGCAACCUGAUCCCGGGCAGCCCCCUGCCCCAUGUGGGUGCUGCCCUCACAGUCACCACCCACCCCCACAUCAGCAUCAAGUCAGAACCUGUGUCCCCGAGCCGUGAGCGCAGCCCUGCGCCUCCCCCUCCAGCUGUGUUCCCAGCUGCCCGCCCGGAGCCUGGUGAUGGUCUCGGCAGCCCGGCCGGAGGCUCCUAUGAGACAGGGGACCGGGACGACGGACGGGGAGACUUCGGGCCCACACUGGGCCUGCUGCGCCCGGCCCCAGAGCCUGAGGCUGAGGGCUCAGCUGUGAAGAGGAUGCGGCUCGAUACCUGGACAUUAAAGUGACGAUUCCCACUCCCCUCCUCUCAGCCUCCCUGAUGAAGAGUUGACAAUCUCACCGCCCACCCCUCCCUGUCCUGGGCUCCUCCCGCUCGACCCCACUUCCUUUCUUGUGCUCCGUGUCCUGUUGAUGGUUACAUUUGUGUAUAAUUAUUAUUAUAUUAUUAUUAUUAUUAUUAUAUUUUUUCUCAAUUUGGACUCUCGCUUCGGAGAGGGGGAUGCUUCCAUCCCCUCUUUCUAUGCCCCCCACCGUUUUCACUGGCUGGGGGGCCUCUUUUUUGCAGGAAAGGGGGGGACACUUUGCACGUUGUACACAUAUGCUGCAGGACGGGGUGGGGAGCCCGACAGGCCUUGGGAAAGGACAGGUGCCGAGCCCUGCACGCGGAGCCCUCCCCCCCCAUCCCCCAGAUAGAGGGAAAUAACCAAAAAAACUACCAAACAACAAAAAAAAACCAUACAACAGACUGAAACCCCAAAGUUGACUUAAUGUGGGUUUGUGUUUCAGUGGGGAGGGAGGCGGGGGUUCUGAAAUCAGAGGCUCUGCUUCUGGGCUGUUCACGUGGCCACAGGCACGUGGGGCAGAAGGCCCCAGCCUGGCCCCCCCAAGCGCCCCCACGCACCCACAGGAUACUCACUGAUUCUCCUGUCAGCUGCACCCCCUAGGUGUGCAGGUGCUGGCUGAGAGUAGGGUCAGGGAGUCAGAGGCUGGAGGGAGGGGCUGGGUGGGGACCCCUCUCGAAGCACGUUCAGAGAGAAAGACAGCCAUGAGGAGAGGGCCGAGGAGGGGCCGAAGGGCUGGGGCAGGGGAGAGCCGGGCCCCCGCCUUUCCCCGGCCUUUUCUCUAAAUACACAGUGCAAUAGCUCCCCGUCCCGCAGUGCCCGCCAGCCUGUAAGCUGGCCACCGUGUGCAGGGAGACGUGGGGAGAGGAGCCCCAGUGAGCUGGCUCAGUGAGAGUCCGCCUUGGGCUUCCCUGGGAGCCUGAGGACCAGAAAGGAGGCAGGUGUACCCCCAGAGCCGUUUCAUUCAGGGCCAGGUGUCAGUGAGGGGACUCCUUGCACGCACACAUACCCAGAGGAGUGGACACUGGGAUGGUCUGUGGGGGUGGGAGGGAGGGCAGAUGAGAUCUGGAAGGCCCACCUCCCUGAUGCCGCCUCCUCCCAGCUCGCCCGCUCCAGACCCCACUCCCUGCUCUCGGCACCCUCGUUGUCUCGCUACCUCCUGUCCCACCGUCCCCAGGCCACAUCCCAGCUUCCCUCUUGGCUACUGUAAUUGUAAAUAGCGACCUUUGGAAAAACGUUAGCGGUGUAACAGUCCAGGAAACUGUUUUUUUUUGUCGUUGUUGUUGUAUUGAUAUGAAAUGAGAUUCUAUUUUUGUCAAAGUAUAUUGUAAUAAUAAUGACUCAAACGGCCCGUACUGUACAGACGA